UGGAAGACUCUGAGCAUGUCACUGUGGCCAGCAGCUGGGGUGCAGGAGACCUUUUUACUUAUGGACAGGAGAAGACAACAAACAAAGCCAGAGCAGGGAGGUCAGAAAAGGAUGACGGAGCAGUGGAGGGAAGGGAGGGGCUUCACCUGCAGCCACAGGGACGCAUUAGAUAGCCGUGUGUAGCGUUUUGUUCCAGUGCAGAUAUGACAUUUCCGGUCGGUCUUGAAUGUCUGCCUCAGCAAGGCCACCUGGUAGGGUGCACCAGAGAGGUAAUCUUAACCAAAGGGCAUGUGUGCCCACGCAGGCUGUACUCAGAGACCGUAAUCGAGCUGUCUCAAACACCCUGGCCUUGAAGCGUCCAGUCGGGGAAUGAGAAGCUGGAAGACACGUUCCCGGCUGUGUCCUUGUUGUCGACCCGAGUCAGUGCCAUCUGAUCCCAGCGUGUCGAGGUGGAUGGGACUCCAGGCCACCUGCGGGCACCUAAGGAACAGACCCAGCCCUAGGGACCCGGGCGCUGCCUGGCGCGGCUAGCAGGGCCCUUGGCCAUGGCCAGCACAGCCGUCCAGCUUCUGGGCUUCCUGCUUAGCUUCCUGGGCAUGGUGGGAACGCUCAUCACCACCCUCCUGCCGCACUGGCGGAGGACAGCCCACGUGGGCACCAACAUCCUGACUGCCGUGUCCUACCUGAAGGGGCUGUGGAUGGAGUGUGUGUGGCACAGCACGGGCAUCUACCAGUGCCAGAUCUACCGGUCGCUGCUGGCGCUGCCCCGGGACCUGCAGGCGGCACGGGCGCUCAUGGUCAUCUCCUGCCUGCUGUCGGGCAUGGCCUCCGCCUUUGCUGUGGUGGGCAUGAAGUGCACUCGUUGUGCCAAGGGCACACCCGCCAAGACCACCUUCGCGGUGCUGGGGGGCGCGCUCUUCCUGCUGGCCGGCCUGCUGUGCAUGGUGGCCGUGUCCUGGACCACCAACGACGUGGUGCAGAAUUUCUACAACCCGCUGCUGCCCAGUGGCAUGAAGUUCGAGAUCGGCCAGGCCCUGUACCUGGGUUUCAUCUCCUCGUCUCUGUCCCUCAUUGGGGGCACCCUGCUCUGUUUGUCCUGCCAGGAUGAGGCUCCCUACAGGCCCUACCAGGCCCAAGCCAGAGUUGGGGCCACCACCACGGCCACCGCCCCUGCCUACCAUCCACCAGCAGCCUACAAGGACAACCGUGCCCCCUCGGUGACCUCAGCCUCGCACAGUGGGUACAGGUUGAAUGACUAUGUGUGAAUUCCUUCCCAGGCCUCUGCCAGGGCUGCUGGCCCCCAAGGGACCACUGACAGAUGCAGGGAGGAGGCAGAGACCCAUGCGCAUGGGGGAAGUGAGCCCAGAACCCUGGGCAGGGUGCUCUUCAAAGCAAAGACUUCUAAAAAGUGCUGUUUUUGUAUUUAUUAUAUGUAUUUAUGUGGGUGGUUUCAUGAGAGCUCAAUAAAGACUG